ACUGCGCAUCAUUUCGGAAGAAGCAUUGUCGUGCUCGACCCUGGAGAAGAUCUCAACCCUCCAGGUCAUGUCCAAGAAGCCCGAGCCAAGCUCUGUGCGCGUGAGGUUGGCCACCCACGCGGGGUCCUGGUACUCUCACGACGAGAACAAGCUUCAGGACGAGCUGUCAGGUCUGCCACGAUAUCGUCUAGCAUAGAAAGGUACAAAUCCUGUGACGGGGUCGAUUGUGUGCAGAUUGGUUGAGUUCCGCAGAGGACAACGACACGCAGGAGAAACAGCCGAGUAUCCGUGCUAUUAUCGGCCCGCACGCAGGCUUCCGGUGCGCUGCAAAUGCUGUGGAUUGACAAUGAUGAGCGUCUGGUCUGAACGGACUGUGCUGUUGUGCUACAGAUACUCAGGCCCCACAGCGGCGUACGCGUACCACCACCUGCUGGACUUGGACCGCAUCAAGCGCGUCUUCAUCCUCGGGCCAUCGCACCACUUCUACUUGCGUGGGUGCGCUGUGUCGACUGCGCAUGAGUAUGAGACGCCGCUGGGCAACAUUACGAUCGACCGUGAAGUAAACGAGAAGCUCGUGGACUCGGGCAAGUUUGCGACCAUGUCGAUGGAUGUUGACGAGGAUGAGCACAGCAUCGAGAUGCAUCUUCCUUUCAUCUACAAGGUAAUGAAUGGCCGCAAGUUUACGGCGGUCCCGAUCUUGGUCGGCAAUACCAAGACCAAACUGGACGAGGAGUACGGAAAGAUUUUGGCCCCAUAUCUGGAGAAUGACGAGAAUUUGUUCGUCAUCAGCUCCGACUUCUGCCAUUGGGGACCUCGAUUCCGCUACCAGCCACACGACUCAACCUAUGGCGAGAUCCACGAAUACAUCAAAUAUUUAGAUCACCAAGGCAUGGGAUUCAUUGAGCGCUUGGAUGCGGCAGGUUUCACGCGAUAUCUGGAUGAAACAAACAACACCAUUUGCGGUCGCCAUCCGAUCUCGCUGUUGCUACACACCAUUUUGGCGUCAAAGAAGCUCAAGUGCACUCUCAAGUUCGUCAAAUACGCUCAGAGCAGUGCUUGCAUGCGUCACGGCGACUCUUCUGUGAGCUAUGCCUCCGCCAUCGUCUACAGCGAGCCGUAGCAAUAUCCGCAAGCAUCACGAGGACGAGUUUAUCUACGUAAGUAAUUGCAUUCAUACAAGCAAACAUUCAUGUUUUAUGGCAUCGCUAGCUCAACUGGGCUUGCUGUAACCUAUUGCCCUUGGCAGUAUCGAUCGACAACUUG